UGAUUGCAAAAGAAUCAAUUACUGAAUAGAGUUAAAACGAGCAAGAACGCAUAUGGUACUACCUGCCUAAUUUGGAAUUCCGGCGGAGGGCCCCACCAUAUCCAUUUUCAGCAAAGCUACCAAAAGUUCCUUCCGUUCCUUCAUCCAUUGAUCAAGAAAAAUGGCCAAGUCCAAGAACCACACCAACCACAACCAAAACAGCAAGGCUCACCGUAACGGCAUCAAGAAGCCCAAGCAGCACCGUUACCCCUCGCUCAAGGGUGUGGAUGCCAAGUUCCUCCGCAACCAGCGCUUCGCCAAGAAGGGUACCCAGAAGGCUUUGGUCGCUAAGGCUGGCAAGGCCUAAACAAAAAAAGUCCGUUUCUAUUAUGAUUUCUCCAUCACUUUAGGGGGAUUAACAAUAAUAAUAAAAAACGACGUUACUUCUUGUCCUGGCAUAAAAAGACCCACACCUCCAUCAACACGCACAGAACAUGACGCACAAAACAACAUCAACAA